AUGAAUUAUGAACAGCUGAGGAGACCUUGGCUGGUUGAGGUGUGCACAGAAAGGCAGCUCAGCAUUGAGGAUCUGAUGAAAACACAGUUAGUAGGUUUGCUGUAUUCUAAUGAACAGAAGAGGAAUAAUGGUCCAGGUCUGCAGGGAACUUCCAGCCCACUGGCAGAGGGAAUACAACUGUAUUUAAACCUGUUACCUGGACUGCAUAGUGGAAGAGAUGAAAGUGUUGAAAUUCUGAAGAAAGGCAACUUAUUGGGUGUCGCACCAGGUGGAGGUCGAGAAGCAUUCUUUAGUGAUGAAAACUAUAACCUCCUGUGGGGUAAUCGCAAAGGCUUUGCUCAAGUGGCCAUAGAUGCAAAAGUGCCCAUCAUCCCUUUGUUUACACAGAACAUUCGGGAAGGAUAUAGGACAUUUGGAAAAAUAGGGUUUUUUAGGUGGUUCUAUGAACGUUCUCGAUUGCCACUCAUUCCUGUAUAUGGAGGGUUCCCAGUCAAACUUCGCACAUAUAUUGGAGAUCCCAUUCCCUAUGAUCCAAAUAUAACAGCUACAGAACUAGUUGAAAAGACAAAGAUUGCCAUUGAAACGCUAAGAGACAAACACCAAGAACUACCAGGAAGUAUACUAAGAGCUCUGUUGGAACGAUUUGAUAAACAUCAGAAAGAAGACUAGUGUAUUUAAAUAUUGUUGUUAAAUAUUAAAAACUGUUACUGUAACUUGUGGGAAGAAAAAUAUAGUUUUCUUAAAAGUACAAGAGACUGCAAACUACAUGUAUCAAACAUUCAAUCAUAUCACUGCCUUAAAAUCUCUCUCUCUCAUCUGGUCUGGCAACUUCAAUCCAAAUAAUAAAAGAAAAGGAAAUUAAGAGGUUCAUUAUCCUGAGAGAAAUUGAUUAGAGAUUGUUAAACCAGAUGACAGCAGACAUUAUUCUCAUAUAAAAGUUAGACCUUGUGUAGCAUUAGGAGCACACAGGGUGAGCUGAUUAUAGAGGAAGUCGACAUUAGAAAAUUUUGGUGUUUGGUCUGUUUCCAAUUGUUGAUAGGAGAAAAACAGCCCAUAUCCAGACCAGAUGAGAGAGAGAGAAAUGUUGAGACAUUUUGGCUAUAACACACUUAUAACUGUAUUUUAAUAUCUAA